GACGAUACUCUUGCCGUAUACGCUCAGUUCGUUUGCCUGCGUCUGUCCAUCAGCCGCUGCCUCGUAUCCUGUUUCGACCGCAACCACCAGUACAUCCUGGCCGAGGCCACCCCUACCCUUUCCUUGACGACAGGCAAAGCCGAAGACUCUAAAGACGAGCUAUGGAUGGGCUCGUGCGUUACAGAGCGCUACACACACCUGUGCGAACGCACUCUCGAGAUUGCAGAUAAGAAGGCAGACAAAAGUCAUGAUGGCGUCGUCAUAAUGCCCAACAUUGAAGACGAUGAAUGGUACAAGCAGCGGAAAUCACACAUCAACCUGCCGGACCAGGUGCGCUUCUAUGCUGGCAUCGCUAUUCGAAGCCCCUAUGGUCCCGUUAUCGGCGUCAUUACUGUUCUGGACGAUAAGCAAAGAGACGGUCUCCCGUCCGAAGACCAGCUUUUUCUCCAAUACAUGUCAGACACAAUCAUGUCCCAUCUCGAUAUGGUCAGAUCCAAAGAAGAGCAUCGUCGGACAUCGAAGAUGGUCUUGGGCUUGGGUUCUUUCGUAGAAGGUAAAGAUCACGUCGAUAUGGACCUGCACAACAAGGACGUUCCUAAGAGCAGCGUUGUCGAGCAUCAAGGAACUUCGCCUUUGACUCCUGGAGCUUCUGCUCCCAAGCCCCCAGAGAUGGAGGAUAUCGAGGAAAACAACCCUGUUCUGGGUCCAGAAGACACCAAAAAUGCCGAUGAUGCUCUUAGCUUUGAGAACUUACAAGCUCAAAUGUUAUCGACCGACGUCAAGUCUACUUUCCAGCGUGCUGCCGGGAUCAUCAAGAAUGCAAUCGACGUUGAAGGUGUCGUCUUCCUUGACGCAUCCGUGGGCAGCUUUGGUGCCUUAGUACAGUCGGUACCCGCUACAUCUGAGAACGAUACUGCUUCGUACUUUAGUCGCAGUUCCACCUCCAACAAAGAAUGUCAUGUCUUAGGGAGUGUGGGUAAAACCGAUCCAGGCUUCGCCAUUACAGAAGGCUUCUUGCAUUCCUUCUUGACUCGCUACGGACAAGGAAGAAUUUUCAACAUCGACCCUCAAGAAAGCAAGCUGCACAUGAAGAAUACUCAGAAACCCGAAGAGUCUGAGGAUUUUGGUCAAAAGGUCGAGCCCAUGGAGGAGCAACACCCCGAUAAAGAAUCGCGAGAGCAAGUGCGUCGACAGAGGCAGACUGAUAUCGCUCAACUGCAGCGCCUCUUCCCAGAAGCCCGUUCUCUAGCGUUUGUACCGAUGUGGGAUGAUCAUCGAAUGCGCUGGUUUUGCGGCGGAUUCAUAUGGUCUAACAAGGCGAUACGCUUAUUGCACAAGGACUCCGAGCUGAGCUUCUUACGCGCCUUUGGCAUGUCCAUUAUGUCUGAGGUUGCCAAACUUGACACCGCCAUGGCAGAUAGGGCCAAGUCUGAUUUGCUUAACAGCAUUAGUCACGAGCUUCGUAGUCCAUUGCAUGGUAUUUUGGGAAGUAUCGAAUGCUUGGAGUCCUCGGAUCUUGACCCCAUGCAACAAGGCCUCGUCGAGACUGUUGACACCUGUGGACGCACGCUUCUGGACACCAUCAACCACCUCCUCGACUUCAGCAAGAUCAACAACUUUACACGCAACAAGUCGAAGCGUGAUAAGAAUUCAGAAACCAGACAGGCCGACAUGUUGAGUCUCGACUCGACUGUACACUUGCCCACCAUUACCGAGGAAGCCUUGGAGACCGUCUUUGCUGGUUACACUGCUCCUGGAAGCUCUCGUGAGGACACCGGCAAGGACUCAAAGAACUCGAAACCUAAUCGGUACGUGGAGAUUGUCGUAGAUAUUGAGGCCAAAGAUCACGAAAAUUGGCUACUCUGUACGGAAGGAGGGGCCUGGAAGCGACUCGUUAUGAACUUGACCGGAAACAGCUUGAAGUACACCAGCGACGGCUUCAUCUACGUAAAGCUCGCUUCUUCAGAGCUACCGAGGGAUAGCAAUGGCUCCAAGAGAAGCCGCAUAACAUUGACCAUCAAAGACACCGGUAGAGGCAUGUCCAAGGAGUACUUGCAGAACCAUCUAUUCAGACCUUUUGCACAAGAGGACCCGUUGAAUCCUGGUGCAGGACUUGGCCUCUCCAUGGUGCGACACAUCGUCAGCAAUCUUGGUGGCGAAAUUUCUGUAGAAUCGGAGGUGAACAAAGGCACUGAGAUCCGCGUCGAAGUGAUCAUGCUGGAUCCAGCUCCAAGUCCGGAAGCUAACGAUGAAGCUUUCAUCAUGACCGAAGCGACACAGAAGCUUCAUGGGCUCCAAGCAGUGUUCGUCGAUCCGCCGAAUACCAGCGAGGGAGAAACUCCGUCUCAAAGAUCACUCCGCAAUGCGCUCGAUAAGCAAUGCUGGGGAUGGUUCAAGAUGGAGUUUUCCACCGUCAGUAGAGUGGAUGAGGUUGGAAACGCAGCGGUGGUGCUUACAACAUGCCACACACUACCUGGAAUCACGGAACAGCUAAUCAGGCUCGGCAAACCGGUCAUAGUGCUUGGUGAGAGCAAUACACAUCUCCGACAAGUGUACGCUGAGAACGAGGCGCUUCGAAGAGCAGUCACGGCCGAGUUCAUCGCGCAACCUUACGGUCCUCGUAAGCUGGCGCGCGCUUUUGUAUCGUGCAAAGAACAACAUCCUCCACAGCUAGAGAAUGUCGUUCUUUACAGGGACACAGAACUCCUGACACUACCAAGCAAACCCUUGUUCGAUGCCAAGACACAUGAGCAAGAGCAAGACAAUAAGCAACCUCCAGACUCGGAUGACCAGCCAUCACCACCAAAGGCUCGAAAACCGAGCAAAGCAACAGAAAAUCAUGAGGCUAAGGGAGCGACAGAACCAGAGAAUGUUUCCAAACCACUACGCCUCCUUCUUGUCGAUGACAAUAAGAUCAACCUGCAGUUGCUUGUUCGAUACUGCAAGUCCAAAAAGCACGAGUAUGUGACAGCCGAAGAUGGUGUCGAAGCAGUAGAAGCCUUUUGCUCGCACCAGAAGGAAGCAGCAACCAAAUUUGAUUUCGUGUGCAUGGACAUCUCUAUGCCGAGGAUGGACGGGCUGGAAGCUACGAGGAGGAUACGCUCGUUCGAACACAGCAAUGGCAUGCAAGCGAGUAAGGUCAUUGCAUUGACUGGAUUGGCGAGUGCAGAGGCCCAGCAAGAGGCCUUUUCCUCUGGAGUGGAUCAAUUUAUGACCAAGCCUGUGCGACUGAAAGAGUUGGGUGAGGUGUUG